GAGGGCUGUGAUCGCGCCACGCCACCCCCGGCCGGGCCCCGAGAAGGCUCGGGUGUCCCCGCUUUUCUAAUCCCAGCACACGGAGAGAGAGCGAGCUCGCGCCCAUCUCCGCAUUAUUCUUUUUGGAUUUGCUCCAUCCUCCACGCCCGUGUCCAUCGCGAGCUGCAUCACAUCAUCGCCCACGCCCAGCCAGACCCAUCAGUAGCGGCGCCGGCGCCGGCGCCAUCACCAGCCGCAGCGCAGCCGGAGGCGCCCCCCCCCCCCCUCCCAGCGCGCGGAUUACACGCGCUUCCGGGGCUGCUCGUCCUCGUCGGCGUCUCCUGUCAAGUUAAGGUCUUCCGGCGAGGUUUCUUGAAUCGAAGACCAUCAAUGGGUCUGGAUAAUACGUAUGGCGAGCUAUCUGGCAUGUUCUGUGGAGGCCUGUCUUAUGAUGGUUGCACAGACCACAGCAGUCCGAGUGAUUAUUCCAGGUUCACUUAUCCGCAGCCUGCGGUCGUGCCCCAGAUGGCCGCAGAACCCAGUUCCAAUCCUUCUUCCACUGUCUCGAGGGCCAACACAGAAACCGACAAUCCGGAGGAUUGGGAGUUCAUCUCAGAUGAGUCCCUCAACUAUAUUAGCCGGAUGCUCAUGGAGGAGGAUAUUGAUGAGAAAGUUAGCAUGUACCAGGAGGAGUCAGUGGCACUCCGUGCUGCUGCAAAGCCGUUCUAUGACAUUCUUGGGCACAAGUUUCCACCGUCUCCUGACCGGCAGCUGAUCCAAUGGUCCAUAGACAGCCCCAGUGAGAGUGGCAAUAGCAGCCAUGCUCAGUCCCUGGCGAGUACUGUUACUAGCAGCAGUAUUGGUGGUGCGGUGGAUAGCAAUCAGCGCCAUGACAUUGGAAGUGGUGGGCAGUUGGAAGCUUAUCGAGGCUUAUGUGGUCAGUCUUCUCAGCCGCUGGUUGGUCCAUCAAGUGGUGCUUGCAGUGCAGCGGAUGUGCUAGAAGAACCUUUGAUAACGAAUGGACGGAUUCCUGAGUAUUUGUUUGAGAGCCUUCCAACUUGGGAUUUCAGGAGAGGUGUCGAGGAAGCACGGAAGUUUCUUCCUUGUAAUAAUAAGCUAGCCAUUGAUUUAGAAACUACUGGAGUUGCAAGACCCCAAGAAGCAAGGAAAGAAGUUUCUUUCAAUGCCCGAAAGGCAGAGGUGUUGAAUGCCAAGAAAAACAGACAGAGUGAAGACCUUGACCUGAUAGAAGGACGGAGCAUUAAACAGUCCGCAUUUUGUUCUGAUGAGCCUGAUUGGAUCGAGAUGUUUGAUGAUUUGCUUCGACAAACAGAGAAGAAGGCCACUGAUCUGCGAGAGAUGAUGCGUAAUGAAGCCUCAAAAAAUUCUCAGGUCACCCAGACGAAAGGCACAAGUGGGCCACGGCCACGGGGAAGGAAGCCAACAAAGAAGGACGUGGUGGACCUUAGGACCCUCCUCAUCCACUGUGCACAGGCUGUGGCAGCAGAUGACCGCCGAACGGCUAACGAGUUGUUAAAGCAAAUAAGGCAGCAUUCCAAGCCAGAUGGUGAUGGUGCCCAGAGGCUGGCACAUUGUUUUGCAGAUGGUCUCGAGGCUCGCUUGGCCGGCACAGGGAGUCAGCUUUACCAUAAGCUUGUGGCGAAACGUACAACUGCUUCUGACAUGCUCAAAGCCUACCAUCUUUACCUUGCAGCAUGCCCGUUCAAGAGGCUUUCACAUUUCCUGUCCAAUCAAACAAUCUUGAGUAUGAUAAAAAAUGCAUCAAAGGUGCAUAUAAUUGACUUUGGCAUUUACUUUGGCCUCCAAUGGCCAUGCCUAAUUAGGCGGCUCUCCAAGGAAGGCAGUCCACCAGUACUGCGCAUCACUGGAAUUGAUGUGCCUCAGCCAGGCUUCCGUCCUACCGAGCGAAUUGAAGAGACUGGGCAGCGGCUUGCAGAAUAUGCUAAGAAGCUUAAUGUCCCUUUUGAGUACCGGGGAAUAGCAUCAAAGUGGGAAACCAUCCGUGCUGAGGAUCUCAAAGUUGGCAAGGACGAAGUGGUGAUUGUUAAUUGCCUGUACCGGUUCAGAAACCUUAUUGACGAAACAGUUGCUGUAGACAGCCCUAGGAAUAGGGUGCUCAACACCAUAAGGCAAGUAAAUCCAGCAAUCUUCAUCCAUGGAAUUGUGAAUGGGUCAUACAGUGUUCCCUUCUUCAUCACACGUUUUCGUGAGGCAUUGUUCCAUUUCUCUGCAUUGUUUGACAUGCUAGAGACAACGGUCCCGCGGAACGAUGCCCAGCGUGCACUUAUCGAGAGGGACCUGUUCGGUCGAGAAGCACUCAAUGUCAUUGCAUGUGAAGGCUCAGACAGAGUCGAGAGACCGGAGACAUACAAACAGUGGCAGGUGAGGAACCUCAGGGCUGGUUUUGUUCAGUCUCCACUAAACCAAGAAAUUGUGAUGAAAGCCAAGGACAAAGUGAAAGACAUUUAUCACAAGGACUUCGUCAUAGAUGAAGACAGUGGAUGGCUCCUGCAAGGCUGGAAAGGAAGGAUAAUCUAUGCCAUAACUACAUGGAAACCUAACAAUAGUUAGGUUCUUGAUCUGCAGUCUGCACAUCUCCUAUUCUAUUUUUGGAGGCAACUAACGCACAGUCAUGCUGUAUUCUAGUGUUUGGAGCUUGACCAGCAAACCUGUGUGCUCAAGGAAAUGGCUUGAAGAACGAACAAAGUGAUUGUUGCAUUGCACCAGAUCGACAUGGGAGCUUUGUAUGAGUUCAGCGUCAAUGACAUCUUUCUAGCCAAUACUGGGAUAAACUGGAGGAAAUGAGCAGUUGCUGACCUCUCCCUUGGCCGUGAUAGCACCACUUUAUUUAAUUCGUAGUUUUCUUCUUUCCAGUUACUUCUAUGACCAUCCUAUUAGCAAUAACCAAAUCGCAGCUCCUAUAUUAGUUAAUGAGCUAGCCACCUACCUACUACUUUAAGUUUUGUAUUUUUGACUUUCUUGUAUCCAUCCAUGUUAGUAAACAUGAGUUGGGUUCAGCACCAAUAAAUCAAAUAUUCCCCAUGAGUGAGCAUGAAGCAUCUACAUUUGUUCUGUGAAAA